CCUCAGCACAAAGGCUCUUUCUUUCUAAUUAAUUUUCUCUCUCUAGAAACUUUUGAUUUCAAUCAAACCGUCCAAUUUCCCUCCUUUUUCUCUCUCUCCAGCCGCCUUAAAAAUCUUUAGCUUCCUCAAAGAAGAAGAAGCAAAGACCCUUUUCUCUCACUCUUUCUUCCAAUCUUUCUCCCUCCGAUUCUCUCAGCUGGUUCUGUUGGUUUGUUCCGAUUCCCAGAUCAAAACCCAUCUUUUUUUUCCUUGAUUUGUUCUGAUUCUCGCAUCAAAAUCCCACCUUUUUUGCUCUGUUCUUGCUCUGUUUUGGCUGGAUUUCCGCGAGGAAAACAGCUUCAGAAACUGAGACAUGGGUUUUUCGAAGAAGUCCCAGGUCGCGGAAGGAGGCAUGGAAUCCGAAGGGAAGAAGUGGGUAAUCGCCGGAAUCUCAGUCCGGACUUGCUUGAAGCCAGUGAACACGAAACCGGCGAGGGGGAAAGAGAGCGACGACGGAGAAGAAGAGGAGGCGUAUUCGACAACCCCAACAACGAAAGAAACAAGAAUACCAGAGAUUUUUUCGUGCCCGCCGGCGCCGAGGAAGAGCCGGCCUCCUUCCAGAUGCAACUUCAAUGGCGUGAAGGAGUUUUUUACUCCGCCGGAUUUGGAAACGGUGUUCAAGCUCCAUGUUGAGAAAGCAAACUGAGUUAGGCUGCCAAGAGCAAAGAAUUAGAGCAGAGAUUAGGAGUUUUUGUUGUGGUUUUACUUUUAUUUAUUUGUCUUAGUGAAUAGUAGGUCGUUGGUCUGUUUCUCUAAAUCCUGACGUCGCUCAGCAGAGCAAAAGCGCUUGUGUUGUACAAAGAUGAAAUUUUUUAUGUAAUGGUUAUUUUCCAGUUUAGUUUUUAGGUCAAGUUUUUAUUCCCAGAGAGAAGCUGAGUGCAUAACUUCAGAUAUUUUGACAAGUUUUAAUUUAUAAUUUUUUUGUUCUA